AUACACCCAAAAUCCUCAAAACCAAAUAGAUUUCUCUCCUUUUAUAAGGGUCAAACAGCGGUCUCCCUUCUCCUCUCUUUCUCAUCAAUGGCCGCUCCAAGCCAAGCGAGCCUGCUCCUCCACAAGCAACUCAAAGAUCUUAUGAAGUCGCCUGUGGAUGGAUUCUCUGCUGGCCUCGUCGAUGACAGCAGCAUCUUCGAGUGGAGCGUUACCAUCAUCGGCCCUCCCGAUACUCUAUACGAGGGUGGAUAUUUUAAUGCAAUUAUGAGUUUUCCAUCAAACUAUCCCAAUAGCCCUCCUUCAGUUAGAUUUACCUCGGAUAUGUGGCAUCCAAAUGUUUAUCCUGAUGGGCGUGUUUGCAUCUCAAUUCUUCAUGCACCCGGAGAUGACCCUAACGGCUAUGAGCUUGCAAGUGAACGUUGGACACCCGUGCAUACAGUUGAAAGCAUAGUUUUGAGUAUUAUUUCCAUGCUUUCCAGCCCCAAUGAUGAAUCUCCAGCAAAUAUUGAAGCUGCUAAAGAAUGGAGAGAGAAGAGGGAUGAAUUCAAGAAGAAAGUGAGCCGCAUUGUUAGAAAAUCUCAGGAAAUGUUUUGAAAUAAAAAUAUCAUCAAGGAUGGAGCUCGCCCUGCGAAUGAACUCAGAUGCGUUGCCUCUACCUCUUAAAGCAACUACUUUAUAAUCAAUGUAUCGAAGGGAUCGUUCGGCUGCUGCUGCUUCAUAGUGUUGGUCAUAAUGUGUAACGUCUUGUUUAUUCCUUUAAAAAAAAAAAAAACUUUUAUCGUCUCUCAACAACUGUGCGAUAAUAUCUCGCCUAUUGAACACCAAUUUGUAUACUGAUCAACAUGAAGUCUGUUGUGCGUGCACGGGCACGCCUCGAGUUUCAGUUUCUUCCAACGAGCAUCAUUUUGAAUA